UAUUUCGAAUAUAACCCUUCUUCAUCCUUCUCAUCACACAGCGACACUCUUUCUUUCUCUCUCUCUCUCCCUUUCGUAUCAGAUCGACUUUCCAUUUUUCUUCUUCUACAAAUCUCAGCAAUUGAACGUUGUGAACCCAAAAAUAGUAUUAAAUAAUUACACAGAAAAUAGGGAAUUUUACUGUUCAUAUAUUUCUGUAUAUAUCGUUAUCGGAAAAUGAAGGACGAAGAUGGCCUUCCGACAACGACGGCGACCACCAAGAAAGAAAGUUCGGAUUCGGGUCAGUCAUUUGGUAAAGGAAGGUACAAGUUUUGGGCAUUGGGUGCCAUUAUAUUGCUCGCACUUUGGUCUAUGUUCACCGGAACCGUAACUCUCCGAUGGUCUGCCGGUAAUCUAAAUCGUAUCACUGAUGAUUUUGAUACCCCAAUUCAUGACGAUCUUGAUGUCCUUGAAAUGGAGGAGAGGGAGAAGGUGGUAAAGCAUAUGUGGGAUGUGUACACCAACAGCCGUCGGAUCAGAUUACCAAAGUUUUGGCAAGAGGCGUUUGAAGCUGCUUAUGAGGAUUUGACCAGUGAUGCACCUGGUGUUAGGGAGGCUGCCAUUACAGAGAUCGCUAAAAUGUCCGUACGCUCCAUUAAUAUUGACCCUCCUCCUGUUCAAUCAACGAGUGCACGAGAACUUACAAAGGCUUUAAGGCAAGCAGAUCGAGGAGGAGAGGCUGCGAUUUCGACUAGGAGCGGUUGAUAUCUGAAUAGUGUAGGGUUUGAAAUCUACAUUAUUCUGCAAAGUCACAGCUCCUGCACAUAAUUUGUGGGUUUAUAGUGAUAUGUGCAAAAGUUCACAGUUGGGAAAAUUUUAUGUAUCUUAUUAGGUAUUAUCAUUCUUUUAAUUGUGGAAUGUCACAACAUGUCCAUGUUAAACUGUGAACAAACCUUUUGAGCGUGUAAGUUCAAGUGAAAGAAUUUUGCAACCA